UUGACAUUGUAUUACACAAUAUUGUUGUACAGGAACGUGUUUCGGUAGACAAAAUGGAAACAGAGAAAGUGUAUUCUAACUUCAUGGGAACUAAGAAAGAUGGCACCGUUAUCAAAUUACGUAUUGUAAAAAUACAAGAAAAACACAAAAAAGAUUUUCUAGACCUGUACAUCAAUCAUUUCGUUAAAGAGGAAUCUACCUUCAGAGCUGCAGGUGUAUCAAAAAGUGCGAGGGCAUUGCAAGAAUUCCGGCAGGCGGUAUCAAACAGAAUGACAAAUGACGCGUUCAAAAUGGUCGUUUGCUGCUUAGACAAUGACGAUGAAACUACUGAUACUAUUAUUGGGGGAUCUAUAAUGGAAUUGACAACAGCGGAAAACUAUCAUUCGAAUACGAUGAUACCAAAGUCGGAUGAACAAAAAAAGCUGUUCCAAGUGUACGGUGACAUGGUGAACUCAUACGAAGUGAUGAAGGCGUUCAAAAUGGAGAAAUACUUUGUGGACAGGGGGGUCGUCGUUCAUCCCGAUUAUAGAGGGCUUGGUAUAGCACAGGAACUCUUUAAAGUCAGGCGGAUGCAGUGCAAGGAACACGGUAUACCUAUUCACGGAGCCUGGAUGACGUCAUACGGAACUCAAAAGGCGGGCGAACGUGACGGCUGGAUCACAGUAUACGAAAUUGAUUAUCAAGAGCUAGGACCCAAACAUGGCGUCACCUUCAAAAAGGGACCGCCUUCAUGCAAAUAUAUGAUCGCUAGAAUUGAUUUGGAUUAAAUUGCUGUAAUAGAACUA